UUAGGUUUUUGCCUCCAUUGGCACUAAAAACACACUAAAACACAGAGAAAAACCUGGAUUUACUAUGAUUUCUUAAACUGUAGCGGUCGGUUUUUGAGCUCUCGAGGGUGUUACGGGUUCACGUAAAUGCGAAUAUUAACGCGGUGUUGUGUUUUUGUGCUGUUUUGAUCGGGUUGUGUUGGUAAUGUCGAUGUGCUGGACUCAGUUUGUCAGGACACUUAGCAGCUAGCUUUGGGCUGAGCUGAGUGCGACAACUUUGUUUUUCAUUGCAGCCACUUUAGUUUUGCGACCACACCACACACAUACACUGAUAUUGUGGUUUUUUAAACAACACAUCGGGACCAGAAAGAGCUUCAGACAAUGCUGGCGACCGGAGCAGCUGUAACCAACGUCACAGCCCUGGCCCAGGUGGACCGGGAGAAGAUCUACCAGUGGAUCAACGAGCUGUCCAGUCCAGAGACCAGAGAAAAUGCCUUGCUGGAGCUGAGCAAGAAACGUGAAUCUGUGCCAGAUCUGGCCCCGAUGCUGUGGCACUCCUGUGGCACCAUUGCUGCCCUGUUGCAGGAAAUAGUGAACAUCUAUCCAUCGAUAAACCCCCCUACGCUUACAGCUCACCAGUCUAACAGAGUGUGUAAUGCUCUGGCUCUUCUGCAGUGUGUCGCCUCACACCCAGAGACGAGGUCAGCUUUUCUCGCUGCUCACAUCCCUCUCUUCCUUUACCCUUUUCUACACACUGUGAGCAAAACACGACCGUUUGAGUACCUGCGACUUACCAGCCUCGGAGUCAUAGGCGCCUUGGUGAAAACAGACGAACAAGAAGUGAUUAACUUCCUCCUCACCACUGAAAUCAUCCCACUAUGUCUCCGCAUCAUGGAGUCAGGGAGUGAGCUCUCCAAGACGGUUGCUACAUUCAUACUGCAGAAGAUCCUGUUGGAUGACACAGGGCUGGCUUAUAUAUGUCAGACGUAUGAACGUUUCUCCCACGUGGCCAUGAUCCUUGGAAAAAUGGUUCUCCAGCUGUCUAAAGAACCAUCCGCUCGCCUAUUGAAGCAUGUUGUUCGCUGUUACCUUCGCCUGUCGGAUAAUCUCAGAGCCAGAGAAGCCCUGCGUCAGUGUCUGCCCGACCAGCUGAAAGACAGCACCUUUGCCCAGGUGCUGAAGGACGACACCACCACCAAACGCUGGCUGGCACAGUUGGUCAAGAACCUGCAGGAGGGACAAGUCACAGACGCCAGAGGCAUCCCACUGGCUCCGCAGUGACGGGGACAAAGUGUGUUUCACAGCUGACACAGAGGGACUCUCGCAUCACUGUCUAGAUUUUGUAUUUUGUCAAAUGUGGUGCUAAGACUGCCUGCAAAUUCAAGGACAUAAUAGAGGAAGGUUUUUUUUUUGCUUUUGGAUAGAUGGAUUAAUGUACACCAGUAUGUCACCUCCACACAUGGGGUCACUAUCACAACUGAAAUUCUGUGUUUUAAGAACCAGAUAGCAGGUAGUAGAAAGUGGAUUUACAAUAAUGAUAUACUGACUGGAAAUUGUUUAUGAUAUUUUGGCAAGAUCCCUGAAAUUUGGUUUAUAAAGAGUUGUAAUAAAGAUUUGUCUGGGGGUUGAUAUUGUACUGUUAAACAUCUUCACUAUCAAAACAAUAAGUCAUUUUUGAACAGCAAAGUUUACUCAAAAUUACAAGUAACAGAAAAAUACAUGCAACUUGAAAUAAUUUUAAAAAUGGCCAAAUGUACAAUAAAAUGCAGCCUGUAAAACAUUUAUUGCUGAAGUUAACUGCAUUUCAAGUACUAUCUAGAUGUCCGUCAACAUAUCACUGCUGAUGUAUCAAAGAUAAGCCAGUAUUGAUUGUUAAUAUUGGCUCUUCCGAAUUAUCGGUCAGCUCUGGUCUUUUCCCGUUUAUCACUGUAACUUUCUGUAACAUUCCACUUCAUAGUAGGAGCUGUUACUCUUUUCCUUUUUGUGUUUCAAAUAAGACUUUUUAAUCUUC